UGGAGAGGAGGAUGGACGCUCCUGGUGUGGGUGGCCGCGGUCAGCCUGGUGCUGGCAGACGGACGCAGAGUGAGGCAGCCCAGAUGUCCCGUCGGAUGCAUCUGCACCAAAGAUAAUGCCCUGUGUGAGAAUGUCCGCUCCGUGCCUCACACGUUCCCCUCCGACGUCGUGUCCCUAUCUUUUGUCAAGUCUGGAUUCAGUGAAAUCCCUGGAGGAAGCUUUGUUCACACGCCUGCCCUGCAACUGCUUUUGUUCACAGCAAACUCACUGGACCUCAUCGAUGAAGAUGCAUUCCUGGGUUUACCACAUUUGGAAUAUCUAUUUAUUGAAAACAACAAAAUUGCAUCAAUAUCUCCGUUUGCUUUCCGGGGCCUAAAAGCGCUGAUACAUCUGAGUCUGGCGUACAACAAUCUUGAGACGCUGCCCAAGGAUGUCUUCAAGGGCAUGGAGGCUCUGACCAAAGUUGAUCUGCGGGGCAACAACCUGAUAUGCGACUGCAAGCUCAAGUGGCUGGUGGAGUGGAUGCACCACACCAACGCCACCCUGGAUCAGAUCUACUGCAGCGGCCCGCCCAUUCACCAGGGGAAGAAGAUCAACGACCUGCUGCCACACUCCUUUGACUGCAUCACCACAGAGUUUGCCUCCUAUCAGUCGCUGAAGUUUGAGUCCAUCUCGGUGGAGGCCUUCACCUUUGGUAAAGAGCAGUUUGUUGUGUUCCCACAACCGUUCGCUGGGACAUGCAGCUUCCUGGAAUGGGACCACGUCGAGAUGACCUUCAGACCCUAUGACACCAUUCAAAGCACGUCCACUGUGGUCUGCAAGCCCCAGGUGAUCGACGGCCACCUCUUCGUCAUCGUGGCCCAGCUGUUCGGGGGCUCGCACAUUUACAAGCGCGACAACUCCGCCAACAAGUUCAUCAAGAUCCAGGACAUCGACAUCCUGAAGAUCCGCAAACCCAACGACAUCGAGACGUUCAUGAUCGACGGGGAGUCUUUCUUUGUCAUCGCCGACAGCUCCAAGGCCGGCUCCACAACUGUGUACAAGUGGAACGGCAAUGGCUUCUACUCCCACCAGUCUCUCCAUCCGUGGUACCGCGACACAGAUGUGGAAUAUCUGGAGAUCUCCAACAAGGCCCACCUGAUCCUGUCCAGCAGCUCCCAGAGGCCUGUGGUGUACCAGUGGAACAGGGGCCAGAAGCAGUUUGACCGCAGGACGGACAUACCGGACAUGGAGGACGUUUUCUCGGUCAAACACUUUCGGGUCAAAGGGGAUCUGUUCCUGUGCUUAACGAGAUUCAUCGGGGACUCCAAGGUGAUGCGCUGGGACGGUGCCAUGUUCAAGGAGGUGCAGACGUUCCCCUCCCGCGGCUCCAUGGUGUUCCAGCCGGUCUCCGUGGGCAAGUGGCAGUACGCCAUCCUGGGCAGCGAUUACUCCCUGACGCAGGUCUACCAGUGGGAGGGCAAGAGGGGACAGUUCGUCCCGGCCCAGGAGCUGAACAUCCAGGCGCCUCGAGGGUUUUCCAUGGUCUCCAUCGAGGACCGGGCUUUCCUGCUCGCGUCCAGCUUCAAGGGGAAAACUCAGAUAUACGAACACCUCAUGAUUGAUAUGAGUAACUAAACCAGUCAACCAUUCAGGACCAAUCGUGUACACCAGCGUGCAAAUGCUUCUUCUGUGAUUUGGUUUAACUCCGAUUUGAAACCACAAGCUAGUCCGACCUAGGUUCAGACAAAUGUAAAUUUUCCAGAGAAGCUCAAACUAUCAAAAGAAGUAUGUCAAGUAAAAUUCACAUGUUGGGUAUAGUGUUUGAGAUUAUUUCAAAAGCUGGCAACCUGCUGCAUCUACUUCACAUUGAUAAACUCCCUUUAUUUUCAUCCUCAUUCCUUCCUCUUUAGGAAUGCCUUAUCCUCCAUUUGAAGAACUCAGUUACUCAAAGCUCACAAGCAAACUAUACCUUGAUGUACAGUUUCCAUUCAACUCUAUGUAUUGUGUUUGUUUCUCUUGUAGGGAUUUGAUAGGAAUGAGUUAGUGCUGACGAUCGUGUAACAAUAACUAAAAGGUGAAAUGUGUGUUGAGAAAAGGAGGAAAAGUGCAGUUGUAUCCAAGAAAAAAAAUCACGAGACAAUUCUUCUUUAAUUUGAGUCGUUUCAGUGAACGUGACUUUACAUUGAAAUAGAUGUAUAAUAAAUUACAGAGCAAGGGAAAUAACUCUCACAAGACAUCGUCACGUGCAGGUUUUUUAACCUUAUCUUGUAGAUCAUUUAUAAUCUAAUCUGACCCAGUGGUAACCCAAUUAGUAACAUAAUGGGGAGUUUGUCAAAUUCCUAUUUUCGACUUGCCGAGAUUCAUGUUCAUUCUUCUCUUACAAAUUUGGCAGCUAUGGUUAAUCUGUGUUUAGAAUCAUUUGACCCUUAAUGACGUGGCCCUAAUACAUGAAAAGAAGAACCCACCAUGCAUUAUGAGAAACUCCGGGGACAACAUGUGUCUCUGUUGUGUCUCCUCUCAGAUACAGACCCUCUCAGUGUGUAUUCCUGAUGAAUGACUCGCUGGAAGCCUCUCACUGUGUGGACCCGCCCUCUCGCUUUCGCUGCACUCUUGCCCCUUUUCUCCCUCGCUGACAAAACCAUUGUUAUCUUUACUCCGCAACUAAAAAAAGCCGACCACUGUGCGAGCACCUGCUACCUGUGCUUUCACACGCUCCUCUUAUUCUGACACACAACAAAAGGAAAGAGAAUAUCCAUAACAAACGUAACACUUGCCAAAUAUGAUGUUUACCUUUUUGCUAUACCGUGUAAAGUACUUUGUAUGAUGUUUUGCUUUUGUACGUAGAUGGGACCACACUCAGUCUUUUAUUUUUCAUAGACGUAGUAUUUAGUGUAGAUAUGUAUGUAUUUAUAAUAAAAAAAACAGGAUCCACUCCUUAACACUGUGUAACAUGCAGCUUCUGUAAAGCAGCGUAGUCCUAUUUGUGUCAGUUGUAGUUAGGUCAGGUUAGAGAAGGAUAGAUAUUCACUUGUCAUCGUGCUCACUGUAUUUUAUGUACAGACGUAAUAAAAACUAAAGUGCUAAAGUA